AUGCAGAAGAAGUUUGAAAUUGACCCAAAUAGUAAAAGUUGGGUUAUUAAAUCCCUUGGCAAAAAGUGGAAAGACUGGAAAUCCAAGUUGAAGACGGCACAUUACAUCACUCAUGCAACUGAUGAGGAGAGGCUAGCUGACCGUGAUGAGAGAGUCCUUCCAGAACAAUGGGCCUACCUUGUUUCACAUUGGAGUUCCGAGGAAGCAGAGAAACGGAGUGCUACAAAUAGGGCUAAUCGUGCACAGCAGAAGUUUGGGCACGUUACAGGAACCAAGAGCUUUGCACGGAUACGUGAAGAGCAGCGUGUUAAGAGAUCUGAUGGGAAGGCUCCAUCUCGGGCAGAGCUAUUCAUCUUGACUCGCACGCGCAAAGAUGGAAAGCCUGUAAAUGAAGCAUCCUCUGCUACCCAGCUUCGUGAAAUUGGAAGUCAACGACAGAAUGCCUUCCAGAACAACAAUGCUGGAGGUGACGUCUUCUCUCAGGUUGUGGGUCGAGAUAGACAUGGUCGUGUGCGUUGUCUUGGAUUGGGUCCAUCUCCUUCUGAUUUUGUGGGACAAAAACCUACGCAGCUGAGGCCAUGA